AUGGCUGACCACGCAACCGCUGACCUGAAAUAUGGUCACUUUGGUCAGGCCAUAUACCAUUCCGAGGAAACCACCUGGCUGUUUCCUAGAAACCCUGAGCCUUCCUCUACCUUGCAGCCUCUGGGCACCUCACAGAUCGUCUUCAAGUCACAACGCCCUCAAUCGCGACCAGACUCGACGACCACUCAGAAACCAAGCGUCCAGCUGAACCACCAGCUCGCCGAACUUCUCACAAGAGACCCGACCUUGGCUCCUGGCGCCCAUCUCCUGGCUGAACCUGCCAUCGUGUCACAAGAGGUCCAAAAGACCGUCGUUCGCUACGAUCCGACGCUGGGUCAUCUGUUAGCUUUCGGCCGCGUGCCAGACCAUGCCAUAAAGCGCUCUAUGCAAAUCGCUGCCUUUCCUGCUGUCGAUUACGCACACGUUCUGCGCCUCGUCCAAGUCCAACCUCAAAAGCAUGGUUGGGAUCGAAACAAGUCCAUAUGGAUCGAUGUACCCCGAAUCUAUGGAGAAUCUGGCAUUUGGGAAGCCCCUCAUCCCAUACGUCAAGUCUGUUUCGCAGAUGCCGACGAAGACUCGAAUCUGGCUCGCACUCUCGCUGUGCGCACCACGCUUGCUGUUCACAUUUUGCGUGUUGCCGCGCGGAAGCACACCUCUUCUUGGAACACUCUUACCGCUACACCGUCUCGUUUCCACACGGAUCAGUUGUGUACUCUGAGUUUGGAUCUCUUCAGAGGCCUGGCUCCUGCUCAUAUGGCUUUCAAUCAUUGGUAUCCUAGCCAGUUCAUCACCGUCGAUCAAUACGGCACCUGGCAUGUCUGGGACUCGAGUCUCAAACAGAUUCCAUCCAAGUAUGGCAAGCCGACGGAGCUGUGCCGUGGGGCUACCAAUGAUCAGGCUGUUCCGGCUCAUGAGACGACCGCCAGCCUCUUAGAUGACGGCUGGGGGAGAUGCAUGUGGGCCGGCAACGUCCAAACCAUCGUUACCGCCAGUCGCAGAUCUUUAGCGGUAUAUGACAUCCAGGGGAAGCCCGUGAGACUGCAAUCUCCCAAUCUCGGCCUUGUUGGGACCCCACAUUGGAUCCUUGAUGUUAUGCUCAGUCCCCUAGAUCCGACUAUCAUCUUUGUUCUCACUUCCGUGUCGCUGUUCUGUGUGCGUGUGCGAUGCUUGGACGAGUUCGAUCCCGAAAGUUAUAGCACUGCUGGUGCCGAGCUCGUUUUACAAUGCAGGCACUUCAGAGACCCCGAAGACAUCGGACUAAGCCUAUCAGUUCUAGUCGAGGAUCCAAACGUCGUUGUUUUCAUCCAAUCGUCACUGAGUCCGCUUGCGACAAGCUACAGGUUUACCUCUCACGAGUCCUCACCUCAGUUCAUGACGGCCGCAGAUGCGACUCAAAUCGUUUUACCAGAGCUCCCUUCGGCAGUCACUGCUUCUCCGGCUGCUCUAGGCUUCUUACUUCAGAAUGCAAAUUAUGGGGAGAGUGCGCACCAUGAACAGCCAUCUGGUCCUGGAAAGCACUAUCGAGACUCUUCCGUGAGAUUUUUUGUUGCAACCGCCAUAGCGAGCGAUAUGGUCGUUGUGCAGAAACUGUAUUAUACAUUGCCGACCUCGUUGGCCGAGUCAUUGCUGCCUAUAGUCACGCCUCCUGAUUGGCGUGGGAGGCUCGUUCACAGUCGUCCUCGACUUCAAGAAACCGGAUUUGUCGAGCAACAUGUGACCAAUCAAGAGACACGAAAUUUUCAAGAAGACCAGGACCUGGACGCUCUAUCUCGAGUGAACACAUUGAAGUCAACUUCAGACACAUGGACCAUGCUAUACGAGCUUUCCCACGCGCGGACUACUAGCGCUGCUUCGCAAAUAGAGGAUUUCUCACGCAUACUCGAACGAGCGGAGCAAACUCUGGAGUCUGCUGAACACAAUAUCCAUGGCUACAGACUGUUGUCGGAGCUUUGCGACAAACAAAUCCUGGUACCUGACAUUGAUCAAGCUAAUGCCGAAUUCAAGGAUAUGAUCGCGUCUAGAACGGAAUACAGAAACAUCCCCGAAGCGUCCGAAACAUACCUGCAACUCGCGAGUAUCGCUAGCAAGUCUGCUCUGAAUCUUGGUGUCACAACCGAUAUGAACCCAACCUCAGUCUACGACAAUAUCAUAGCCUGUUGGCUGACACCACUUUCUCAAACCGUACCUGGCAGAGUGCGGCUCGUCAAGGAACAACUAGCACGAAGAAUCGCUGCCGAGAUUUGUCUUGCAAGUCACGUUCUCAGACAACCAUCUGUGAGGCCAGCCGAAGUGGAAACGCAAAUGCCAGAGACUCAGGCCACUGACGACCUAUUUUCUUCUCAACUACGUUCUAUGCAGUCCUCACUCCCAACCCCUUCACCGACAGCCACACCUUCAAUGACUACAGCCACAUCGUUGUCCAGCCAUCCAUCAACUCUGGUGUCAGGCGAAUUCUCGCGACUUCAACGAUACACUUCAUUUGCAUCGGAAAAGCCUACACCGGGUCCCUUACCCAAGACUCUGACCAACACACUUGCGCAUUGGAGCCUUGGCGGUGACCCUGGCGAAUACGACUGGCUGAGUAUGCAAAGAGAGCAGGAGAGGAGGGCUGAGGAAGAAGACGAGGACCUGACGCCCAAAGAGCGAGCGAGAUUGAAGCGGCGUGCCGAGAAGUUGUUGUUCAAGCAGAGGCGCGAAGCAGAAAAGGCGUCCGCCAUGACUCUCGCGAAUAGCCAAGUUCCCGGCAUCGUGAGUGCGAGUCAGCCGGCAUUCGCGACACCUUCUAGAAGCGAAGCACCGAAUGUCCCUCAGUCCGCUAGAGCAGCAAGUCAGGGCACCCAGCUGCUAGCAAGCUCUCAAGCUCAGCCGAACAUGUUUACUAGCCAAGUUCAGCCAGGGCGGUUUGGGGGAAAACCGGCAAAGAAGAAACGCAGGGUUAUUGGGUUCUAA